UAUUAUCAUCACCGGCACAGUCGGUGCAUCAUUGACGUGCGUAUACUAUGCUAGACGCCCGUCGUCCGCAUUCAGCAGUCGCACAGCAGUCCGGCCGUCCGUGAAUAUGACCGCGAUCACCGCCGUCCUCUGGUGGACCCUGUUGCUGGCCGCCCCAGCCAGGCCGGAAGUGCUCACGCCGCCGUACUUCAACUUGGCCGAGGGCCGUCGGAUCACAGCCACCGCUACUUGUGGUGAAGGUCUUCAGGGUCCUGAGCUAUACUGUAAACUUGUGGGUGCCAACUCUGAGCGUAACGUUGACUACGAGGGAAAUCUUGUAAUUCAAGGACAAGUAUGCGAUCAUUGUGAUACUAGUCGUCCAGACAAGUCACAUCCUCCAGAAUAUGCGGUGGAUGGACAAGAAACGUGGUGGCAAAGUCCACCGCUAUCAAGAGGCAUGAAAUAUAACGAAAUAAACUUAACAAUCGAUUUAGGACAGGAAUUUCAUGUAGCAUACGUUGUUGUAAAGAUGGGAAAUUCUCCUAGACCAGGAGUUUGGGUUCUUGAGAGAUCAGCUGAUCAUGGUCAGACUUAUCAACCAUGGCAAUAUUUUGCAGAUAACUUAGCAGAUUGUGAGUCAUUUUUCGGAAAAGAUAGUAUUAAACCCAUUUCGUCUGACGAUUCAGUAACUUGUGAAACUGCUUUUUCUAAAAUAGUUCCAUUAGAAAACGGUGAAAUAUUUGUGAAACUUUUAGCUAAUAGACCUUCGGCUAAUAAUUUCUUCAACUCGUUUGCUCUACAAGAGUUUACUAGAGCAACUAAUGUAAGGUUUCGAUUAUUAAGAGUAAAAAAUUUGCUUGGUCAUCUAAUGCCUGUCGCUAGACAAGAUCCUACGACAACUAGAAGGUACUUUUAUUCUAUCAAAGAUGUCAGUAUUGGUGGCCGUUGUCGUUGUAAUGGUCAUGCUGAUUUAUGUGAUAUUACUGACCCAAAUGAUUCAUAUAAACUUAUAUGUCGGUGCAAACACAAUACGUGUGGACAUAAUUGUGAGCGAUGUUGUCCCGGCUUUCAGCAAAAAGCAUGGAGCCAGUCAAAAUAUGACAAACUAUUUGAAUGUGAACCUUGCAAUUGUUACGGCCACUCGGAGACUUGCAUCUAUGAUAAUGCCACGGAUGCCGCUCAUUUAUCAAUCGACAUUCAUGGAAAGUAUGAAGGAGGUGGUAUUUGCCAAAAUUGUAGGGAUCACACUAUAGGAAUUAAUUGUGACAAGUGUGCGAAUGGAUAUUAUAGACCAUUUGGAAAACACCUAAAUGAGACUGACGUAUGCCAACCUUGCGAUUGUAACCAUUUCUAUUCUACUGGAAAUUGUUCUGAAGGAUUUGGAAAAUGUGAAUGUAAACCCGCCUAUGCCGCACCAGACUGUAAAUCUUGUAGUGAAGGAUAUUAUGAUUAUCCUGAAUGUAAACCAUGCGAAUGUUUUCCAGAAGGUACACGAGGUAAACAAUGUGAAAAUAACGGGGGAAUGUGUCCAUGUAAGCAAAACUUUGGUGGACAGUUUUGUUAUCAAUGUGCUGAGGGUUUUUAUGAUUUCCCUGAAUGUAAACCUUGUCAGUGUAAUGAAGUAGGAUCCAAAAAUGCUAUUUGCGACCAAAAAACAGGUCAAUGUGCUUGUCUCAGUAAUUACGGUAAUCAGUCUUGUGAUCAAUGUAAUCAUGGUUAUUAUGGAUUUUCAUCAUGUUCAUAUUGUAACUGCGAUGCAAUUGGAUCAUUGCCAGAAAUUUGUAACAAAGUAAAUGGACAAUGUUUGUGUAAGGAAGGAUAUGCAGGUCCUCGAUGUGAUAAGUGCUCACCUGGUUACAAUGGAUAUCCCGAUUGCAAGCCAUGUGGUUGUUCAGAACAAGGAAGUGCUUCUUCAGUAUGUGAUGCUUCAGGAAAGUGUCCAUGUCUACCGAGUUUUGCUGGAAAAUCGUGUGAACAAUGUAGUCCCGGUUUUUAUCAAUAUCCCGAUUGCAAACAUUGCGAUUGUAAUAGUCAAGGUUCUAUUGGUGUAUCAUGCGAUAAUGACGGUAAAUGCAAGUGUAAGCCGAACUUUUCUGGAACGCAAUGUAAUCAGUGCAAAGAAGGGUUAUAUAAUUUCCCGAUUUGUGAAGAAUGUAAUUGUAAUCCGGCUGGAGUUCUAUCAACAUUUGCUGGUUGUGGAUCUUUACCAUUGGGUGAAUUAUGUCAAUGUAAACCCAGAGUUACAGGUAGAAUUUGUAAUGAGUGCCGAGAAUUGUACUGGAAUUUAGAACCAACAAAUCCAGAGGGCUGUCAAGAAUGUGAUUGUUUUAUGCCUGGAGUUCUUAGUGGAGUAGGAGUGUGUAAUCCAAAAUCCGGUCAAUGCGUUUGUAAACCUUCAGCUACGUCAAGAAGAUGUGAUGAAUGCGCUGAGGGUUUUUAUAGUUUGGACGAAAAUAGUUUGUUUGGUUGCUCAGAAUGCGAUUGUAACAUCGGAGGUUCAAUAAAUGAAAAAUGUGAUAAGACAACAGGACAAUGUUUAUGUCAGCCCAGGAUUAUUGGUAGAGCUUGCACUGAACCGAUGCAAGCUCAUUAUUUUCCCACUUUAUAUCAAUUUUUGUACGAAGCAGAAGAUGGGAGAACUCCAGUAUUUACACCUGUGAGAUAUGGUUUUGACGAAGAACUAUUCCCUGAAUAUUCAUGGAAAGGUUAUGCUGUUUUCUCUCAACUUCAAAGCGAAAUAGUUCAUGAGAUUAAUAUUGACAAACCAUCUAUUUAUCGAAUUGUUCUAAGAUAUGUAAGUCGAAGCAACGAAACAAUAGUUGGACAAGUAUCUGUUACACCUGAAACGCCUAAUAAUAUUAAUAUUGAACAAAAAUUUAUGGUUCAAUUAAAACCAUCAAAGACGCCUUCUCUUGUUACUGUGUCUGGGGCAACUAAUAACAUACCUUCUCCAUUUGUUAUGAAUCCGGGUCGAUGGGCAAUUACAAUAAAAAUUGACCAAGGGUUAUUUGUAGAUUAUUUUGUCAUUUUACCUGCUGAGUAUUAUGAAGGUAAUAUUUUAGUUGACAAAGUAUUAAAUCCGUGCAUUACAGAUAACAUAGAAGACAGUCUUUGUCGACAUUUCGACUAUCCAAGUAUAACGAAUUUUGACCAAGUUAGAAGUAAUUCAGCUUUGAUGUCAAAUGGAGAUGAUCCCAUUGAUUACUUUGAUGAUCUGAAACAAUUAGAAGUGUUAGGUUUACCAAAACUACCAAUGAUUAGUGAAACCCAACCUGAAUUGAAACUUGAACUUCCAACUAAUAGUCCUGGCCCUUAUGUAAUUUUGGUUAACUACAUAACUCCUUCAACUGUUCAAACUAAAGCAAUUGUAGAUGUGGAAGUUAAUGACAAAAUUAAUUCGGGAAAAGUAAUUCUUUAUGCGUGUCACCACACUACUGUUUGUAGACAAGCGGCAGUAGAUGCAACUGGAAAAGUAGCUAUAUUUAAUAUAAACGACACAAAUUCAAAAAUUUUACUAAAGGGUGGUCAAGAUCGAGGCCGAGUUGGUAUAGAUUCUAUAGUAGCUGUACCUUUGAAAAAAUGGUCUUUAGAUUACAUCAAUCCCAAUCCAUCAUGUGUUAAAAAAGAUGGAAAAUGCAUACAUUCCUUAUAUCCUACCCCACCAGAUACGAAAAAAGUAGAAUUUAAAUUUGGAAACGAAGCCCGUUUAGCACAAUCUGGUCCUAAAAACGUCAACGAUAACAGUUCAGCAUUGGUAUUGGUUGAUAUGCAAGAUACCACUGUCGAUCUCGCUGGAAAAAUACCCAAUCCUGGUCCAUAUGUUUUUAUUGUUCAUUUUUAUCAACCUGAUUUUCCUACUUUUGAAAUGAGUGCACUAAUUCAUAAUGGACAAACUUAUGAAGCAAUAUUGCCUAUAAAACACUGCCCAUCGAAUUCAGGUUGUCGCUCUGUUAUCGUACAACCAAACGGCAAUACAGAGUUUCAUCUUACUGAAAAUUUCUUACUAACUUUAAAUGGAUUAAAUCAUGGAAGUGUUUGGUUAGAAUACGUGUUAGUUGUUCCAGCACAAGAAUAUACAGAAUAUAUAAUCAAAGAACAACCAUUUGAUUACACUGGUUUAUUUAUAUCAAAAUGUGGAACUAAUAAUUUUUAUAUGAAUUCAUCUACUACAGGUUUUUGCAAAGAGUCCACUUUUUCAUUAACAACAGCUUAUAAUAGUGGAGCUCAGCCUUGUCUUUGUGACUCUGAUGGGUCAUUAAGUUAUAUAUGUGAUCCAUUUGGAGGUCAAUGUCAAUGUAGACCAAACGUAAUAGGUCGACGUUGUGAGAUUUGUAAGACAGGAUACUUUGGAUUCCCAGACUGCAAAUCGUGUGAUUGUCCUUCAGUUGCUACAUGUGAAGCCACCACUGGAGAAUGUAUAUGUCCACCUAGAGUAACUGGUAAAAAUUGUGAUCAAUGUGAACCGAUGACUUACGGAAUCGACCCAAUAAUUGGUUGUGCGGAAUGUAAAUGUAACUAUUUUGGAGUAGAAAAAGGAAAUCUUCAAUGUGACUUAUUUAAUGGAUCAUGCGAGUGUAAACAAAACGUUGUUGGGCGAAGUUGCGAUCACUGCCGUUCUGGUCAUUGGUCAUUUCCUACGUGUUUAUUGUGCGAUUGUGAUUAUAGAGGAACAACUAAUGAGAUAUGUAAUCAGCUUACUUCUGAGUGUUACUGCAAAGCUAAUGUAUAUGGACAAGCUUGUGAUCUCUGUAAAGAAGGUACAUUCAACAUCCAAGAAAAAAACGAGGAAGGUUGCUCAACAUGUUUUUGCUUUGGCAAAACUAGUAGAUGUCAGAGCUCUAAUCUUUAUAGAACUGAAAUAACUAUUGUAGAUAAUUGGUUGAUAAAAACAAUUAACGUUUCUACUAAGUCUGUUAUGGUAGAAGAGAUGCAAAUAACACCAGAGAAAAUAAGUGAUCAAGAAUUUGGUGUAGACUUAACUGCUAAAGAAUUAGAACAAAAGGUUACCUACUUUAGUUCUCCAAAAGAGUAUUUAGGCAAUCAGUUAAAGUCCUACGGGGGAUAUCUUAAUUUUACCAUACAAUAUACAUCAAAUCUGUUUGGAAAUGCAGUGGGUGGUGCAGACGUUAUUUUGAAUGGUCAUGAUAUAUAUUUACAUUACUUUUCUUUGGAACAACCGGCAUCAAACACAUUGUUCCCGAAUUCCGUUGAAAUCGUCGAGCAAAGUUUUGUAUUAACAAAUGGAUUGCCAGCAACUAGAGAGCAAAUUAUGCAAGUUCUUCAAGAUUUACAAGCAAUAUAUAUUAGAGCUACAUAUUGGGAGCCAUCUGUUACAACACGAAUUUCUAAUAUAUCAUGGGAAACUGCACAAGAAGAAUAUAUAAUGUCUAAAGAGAUUGCAACAGCUAUUGAGCAAUGUCAGUGUCCACCUAAUUAUGUGGGAUUAUCUUGUGAAGAAUGUGCUGAUGGAUACUAUAGAGCACAAUCAGGUCCAUAUGGAGGAUUUUGUGUUCCAUGUAAUUGUAACGGGCAUUCAGCCACUUGCGACAAAAUAACUGGAAUAUGUGAUAACUGCAAACAUAACACUACCGGAGAACAUUGUGAAAAGUGUAUUACGGGAUAUCAUGGUAAUGCAACUAUAGGCACGCCUUAUGAUUGUCUCAUUUGUGCAUGUCCUUUACCAAUUCCUUCAAAUAAUUUUGCAACUGGAUGUGAAGUUAGCCCUGAUGGUAAUAAAAUUAGCUGCGAUUGUAUCUCUGGUUAUUUUGGAGCAAGAUGUGAAUCGUGUAAUGCAGGGUUUUACGGAAGUCCCGAAAUACCAGGCGAAGUAUGCAAAGAAUGUCAAUGUUCUGGUAAUAUUAUUAAAGAAGACCCUGCAUCUUGUGAUUCUAUCACUGGAAGAUGCACUCGUUGUUUAAACAAUACAUUUGGUGAAUCUUGUCAGUAUUGUAAACCAGGAUUCUUCGGUGAUGCAAUAAGUUUAAAAGAUUGUCAAGCAUGCGAUUGUGACAAAUGUGGUAUGGAUAAAUGUGACAAUUAUAAUGGAAAAUGUGUAUGUCAACCAAAUGUAGAAGGAGAUAAAUGUGAUGCAUGUGCUGUCAAUCAUUAUGGGUUUGGUUCUUGCAAGGGUUGUAAGCCUUGUGGUUGUGGUUUAGCUAGUGAAAGUUCACAGUGUGAUGAAAACACGGGAAUGUGCCGAUGUAAGCCAGGAGUUGCUGGUAGAAUGUGUGAUAGAUGCAAACCUGGCUACUGGAACUAUACUUCUGAAGGAUGCAUAUCUUGUGGUUGUAACUCUGAAUACAGUGUUGGUAUUAGUUGUAAUCCUUUAACAGGACAUUGUGAGUGUUUGCCAGGAGUCAUAGGAGAAAAAUGUGAUCAUUGUCCACAUCGAUGGGUAUUAAUUCAGCCUGGGCCUAAUAUAGAUACUAUAGCGGGUGCUGGUUGUUUUGAAUGUGACAACUGCACGCACGCUCUUCUUGAUGUGACAGAUAAUUUGUUUUCAAAGUUAUACCCGGUAUCAAAAGAGUUUGAGACAGUAGCUUUAGGAUAUUUUACAACUCAGCGAUUGCUCCAUAUAAAUAAAACUGUAUUAAACUUACAACCCAAUUUAACAAAUUUGGUUAUAAGCAAUACGGAUCCGUUUUCGUUAGACCAACAUUUAUUUGAUUUCCAGAAAGAGAUUGAGAGUUCAAAUAGAAAGGCUAAAACAGCAUUAGCAGAUGCUUUAGCAUUAACAUCAAAGAGUGAUCUCAUUCAUAAUAAUGCAAAAGAAAUAAAGCAUUCUAUGGAUCAAGCGGUUGUAGAAACAAGGUCAGCUGUUACUGAUGUAACUAAUUUAGCUCAAAGUUUACAAGAUGGAGCUGGUCCCCAGAUUGAUUCAGCUUUAAAUGAUGCUCAAAUGUUCAUGAACAAAAUUAAUCAAUCUCUGCCUAAUACAGAAGAUAAAUAUGAGGAGACAUCAAAUGCUUUAGAUAAAGCUGUAGAUUUACAUGGGAAAAUGACACAAUUUACAACACCUUUGAAAGAACCGCUAUCAUUAUUAGAACAAUUAAAGAAUAAAAUGGGAACAUUUAAAAACAAAAUAAAUGAUAUUAAAAAUCAGACGGAUAUUGCGAGAGAAAAAGCAUCUCAAACAGCCUAUAUAAAUGAUUAUAAUAGAGAAUCAUUAUUGAAGCAAAAUGACAGAACUAGUGCUUUAAUAAAAAUUAAAGACGAAGCAGACAGUGCAAUGGGUAAUUUAACGAAAUUGGCUAAAGAUGCCUUAAGUAACCUAGAAAAUUCCAGACAAACAUUUGCUAAAUUAGGAUUAGAAAAUGAAUCAAUGAAAGCAAUUAAGAGUAAGGUUAAUUCUGCUCUUGGCGCAGAAGAAAAAAAAAUUGAAGAGCUACAGGUUGGCAUAAAUAAGGCUCAAUAUCAUGCAAAUACAUUAAAAGAGCAGGCUGAUUUCAUGGAAUCUUUAAUUAAAAAUUCAACAUCUGCAUCAGAUUCUGUUAUCUUAGCAGCUAAUUCUUAUAAGAACAUCGCCACAGAAAUACAAAAGUCUUUUGAUGCCUCAAUGAACGCAAGUUCUGCAGCUGAAAAUGCAAUUGAAAAAUCGGAAGGAAUUGGUGAAAAAGUUGUAAUAGCUGAUCAAAACUCAACAAAAUUAUUCCAAGACGCCAGAAAAUCAUUAGCAGAUGUUCAAGAAGGUCUUGAAGAAUCAUUGAAAUCUGCACAAGAUUUAUUAUUGAAAGUUAACAACACGAAAAAAGAAGUAAAUGACAGGGAAAAUGAAAUUUAUAAGCAAGUUGAACAUCUCAUAUCAACAGUCGCAGAUAUAAAUUCUGAUAAAGACGUAAAAAAAUCGUUAGAUUACGAUGAGAAGUCACUAACAGUUAUUAAAGAUUACAAUGAAUUAGCUUUAUCUUUGCCAAAAAAUUUAAUUGCUUCCCAACAACUAAAUAAAGAUGCUGAACAUGCAAAAAAAUUCAUUACUCAAUCUAACAACCAGCUUGACAUAGCAUUAUCACUUUUACCUAAAGCAACUAGUACAUUUGAUCGCUUAAAAGAUAAACCAGAAAAACUUAAUAAAAAAGAACAACAAAUUAAAACAAGUCUAGAUUCUCUUCAGAAAAAAAUUGCUAUUUGCAGAGAAAUGAUCAAUAGGAUAAAAGUAGGAGUUAGUUUAAAAAGAAAUUCAACUCUUGAACUUCGAAACCCUGAAAAUUUGGCUCAACAAGGAAUCAGUACUUUAGCAUCAAUAUAUUUUAAAACUGAUCAACCAAAUGGUCUUAUAUUAUACUUAGGAAAUGAAGUUGGAACUAGCCGAAGAAUGAGAAGAGCUAAAACGGAUGAUUUCAUGGCAUUACAAGUGCAAAAUGGUUAUUUAGUUUUGUUAAUGGAUAUUGGAUCAGGAAUUUCUACUAUUAGUAGUAGCAAGAGAGUAUCGGACAACAAAUGGUACAAAGCUACAGUUGAAAGAACUGGAAAAACAGUGAAGUUAACUGUUCACGAAGAUUUAGGAAAAGACGCAAAUUCUGAAACAUUGUCUUAUACAAAAGAAACUAUUCUUCCCGGGAACUCUUCAAUUAUGAAUUUAGAUAAAGAUCAUUCUAAAUUAUUCCUUGGAGGAUUGCCUUUCUCAUUCCAAUCUCAACCUGGAAUAGUAGAACUAUCUUUAGAAGGCCGCGUUGAAGAACUAAUGCUUGGAAGUACACAUAUAGGACUUUGGAACUUUGUUGAUUCAUUGGGUGUAAAUGACGGAUCAGUAGAGAGAGAUCAAUUAAUAAAUGCAACAAAUCCAUCUGGAUAUCGUAUGAAUGGCGAAGGAUUUAUUGUACUUAAUUCUGCACCAUACAAAAUGAAUGAGAGAUCCUCGAUUGUAUUAAGUAUAAAGACCACAUCUGCAGAUGGUUUGAUAUUUUUAGCAUUUAAAAAUAAUCACUAUAUGUCCAUUGAGAUGGAAAAUGGUAAUAUUGUUUCUAAGCUAAAUCUUGGUAGUGGUCCGAGUGUAAUUACGUCUAAAGAAAUGUAUAAUGAUGAUAAGUGGCAUUCAAUUGAAACAACAAGGUUAGGUAAAGAAUCUGUAUUAAAAGUUGAUGGAGAAAUUAUAGCUUCGGGGACGUGUCCCGGUGAUGUUGCUGAUCUUCAAGUAUCUGAACAUUUAUACAUCGGGGGUUAUCCGGGCAACCAUGGACUAGAACAAGUUACUAAAUACAACUAUGAUGGCUGCUUAGAUCAAGUACAAUUUAACGAAUUCCAAGUUGAUUUAAGUAAAAAUGUUAAUGCUUUUGGUAUAAUUGCAGGAUGUCCCGAAAAGUUUACUAGUAUUGUAUCCUUUGAACCUGGUAGUAGGGGUCAUGUGAAAUGGCCUAAUGCAACAGCGUCUGAUAAUGUUAUUGAUCUAAUAUUGAGAUUCAAGACUAGUUACCCUGAUGGUGUAUUGGUUUAUGGUGUGAAUGGACCGGCUAUAUUUUCACUAAAAUUAGAAAAUGGAAUUUUAGUUUUCAAAAGUGGUGGUGUUCAAGUUUCAUCUACACAAUCUACAAGAUAUGAUGAUGAUCAAUGGCAUGUAGUUUUCGCUGCUCAUUCGCCACAAGGACUAUCUUUGCUUGUAGAUGACUAUGAUAGUUUCCAAUCUGAUCGAUCACCGAACCCAGUUAGAUUUUUGUUCUCCGAUUUUUACUUUGGAGGUGUUCCAUCUUCAGUUGAUGCAGCUGCUGCAAUAUCACAAUCAUUCAUCGGAUGCAUUGGAGAUGCCACAUUCAAUGGAAAAAUAAUAAAUUUUGCGCAAUUAACUGAAAUUCCAGGAGCUACUAUUGGCAGGUGUUCAGGACCUCCAACUCCUGGAAGCAAACUGCCAAAACGAGGACCUGUACCUCCAAUUGAUAAGUAUCCGGACACAACAAUAGCUCCUGUACCACCAAUUACUUUCCCUCCUACGUUCGCUCCAGAUGAAACGACAAAACCAACUCCUCAAAAUUUAUGUACCCUUCCAAUAGUCCCUCGUGAUGAUCCUGACAUGACAAAAGAUAGUGGAUACAGAUUCGGAAAUAUGAUUGGAAGUAGAUUUGAAUAUGAUAACAUGAUUUUAAAGCCUAAAAAUAUUUCAAGUGAAUUGUCUGUAGACAUUAAAACAACAAGUAGUGAAGGAAUUAUUUUCUUCGGUCAAAAAUUAGAAAGUUCUGAUAUGAUAGCUGUCUACUUAUCCGAAGGAAAAGUUUACUACCAAUUGAGUUGUGAUUCUAUACCAGCCACAAUUAUCGCACAGAUGCCAGUGAACGAUGGAGAGUGGCACACAGUUAAGUGGUCUAGGUCAAAUACCAAAGCUGAAUUAUUUGUAGAUGGAACAUUAGUUGGCUCUAGUAAUACAGCAGAUUGUAAAUUGGACAUAACUCCACCAUUCUACUUAGGUGGAACCAAUCCUUUAGAUUACCAAAAAGUUAUAGACCUAGUGAAAAUGAAUGAAACAUUUGAAGGUUGUUUGAGAAGAUUUAAAGCUAAUUCAAAAGAGCUUGGAAAUCCUGACCGUAAAUUUGGCGUAUCUAGAUGUUCUGAUAAAGUAGAAGGAGGAGCGUUCUUUUUUGGAAACGGCGGUUAUAUAAGAUUAUUUGACAAGUUUGUUGUGGGUAAAGAGCUACGUAUUACAAUGCAAAUAAAACCUAGGAGUAUUGAUGGGACUUUAAUGUCUGUAAAAACAUCUAAAAGAGACCAUUUGCUUUUGGAGUUAAAAAAUGGAACUAUAACAUUUUCUGUUAAUACUGGAAAAGGGCCAAUGUCAGCAUCAUAUUCUCCGGCAUCACCAUACUUUUUGUGCGACGGACAAUGGCAUACAAUUGAAGCGGUAAAAUCAAAAAACGUAGCCCAAAUUGGUGUUGACAAUGAUUUUAAGCCUCCUGAUCAAUUUGGAAAAGGAGGUUCAGUUGAUAGUGUUGGUAAACAGUUGUACAUUGGAGGUCAUCCACUACAAAAACGUAACGGAAACUACAAUAGAUACAUAGGAUGCAUUAAAAACAUUGAAAUUAUAGAUAGCUCAAAUGAAAAACAUAACUUUAAUAAGUUCCCUACACAGAUGGUACAAGGUAAUGUGACAUUAAACUUAUGUCCAACCAUUUAAAGUUACCAUCCAUUAAAUUAUGUACAGGAAUUAACAAUUAAAAAAAGUUUUUUAAUUAUAUUUUAUUUUGUAAAUAAUGCUACUAUAUCAUGAUUUAUGUUAAUAAUUAGGUAUAGUUUAUUUAUUAUACAGCUGAUAUAAUUUGAUUGUGAAAAAAUAAGCUGUUUAAAGUAUAUUAAUACUGUACAAAUAUAAAUUUUAAGAGCAGUAAGAGCACCCAAAAGACUUUUAAUGCCAAUUUAUUAAAGUUAUUUAAUAUAGUUAUUAAUUAAAAUAAAAUAUUGUUAAAUGAAUUAUUAUAAAUGAUUUUCUUUUUUUAAAAUAUAUGAAAUUAUUUUAUUAACAGCAUCUUAGUAUUGUCAAAAUUAAUAG